CACACACAGAGUGCGCACGCGUCAAGAUAAUCAUACGUUUUGCUAUGGAUAGACAGGAUUUCUCGUAAUCGAUUUGUAGCCACAAACUGCAUACUCUAGCAAGAAGAAGUAGGUUAGCUGGUGCUCGUCCAUUAUUACGUGUGCUGCGGUCGCUCCCAGCAGAUCGUUGAGCAGACGAUAGAUACUGCUGCUGCAGAAACUAGUUUACGACAUCCCGACUGACUUCAAACAUGGCGGUACUUUCUACGAAGAAAAUGCAGGUUUUCUUGGGCGUGAUUCUUGUGAUACUACUCAUUGUUCCCAAUGCACAAAGCCGUCGAAGUGGUAGCAGUCGGAGCAGCAGAGCAGGCCGGGUCUUUUCUGUACGAAGAACUGGGACUAACCGACUCCCAGUAUACACAAGUGGGCAUGUAAGAAAGGGCACAAGUCCUUUUACUAGCAACACAUUUCAUAUGGCUCUUGCGGCAGGUACCAUCUAUGGAAGUGUUCGCUAUAUGAGAAGCCCGCGCUUUCGUCAACGAGAUUACGUACCUCCCAUUUGUAGAAACGAUUUUUACAAGCCUCCAAACAGUUCACGAGUGUAUGGCUAUUUCAUAUGCCCACUUGACGAUCAACCAGAAAACUACACCUGGUGCUGUGGACCAAGCAACCAAGAGUUCUGCUGUCAUGCAAAUUACUAUGGACGCCAGCCUGGAGGCACUUCUAGUGGCACAUCACCAUUUAUUAUUGUUGGUCUCAUAGUUGCUGUCAUUGUGGUGAUAGCUAUUGCUGUUACUUGCUACAAAAAGAGGAAAGCUGGAAGAAAACUUUUAAAGAGUUUCUCCAAAAAGUCCAGCUCACAUGGAGGUGCCACUGAAUUGACAGAUCCUCAGUUGGCUGUGCCACUUAAAGAAUAUGAACCCCCUCCGGCAUAUCCAGAACAAGGUGCACCCAUGCCUUAUGGUGAGACUAAGUCUGGCUAUCCACCCUCUGAUGUGCAAUACCCCAUGCAGCCAGGAACCUGUCCACCUGCAGGCCCAUAUCCUCCACCUGGCCCCUACCCCGCUCCCACAGACCCCUAUCCUGCUCCCACCGGCCCCUAUCCUGCUCCCACCGGCCCCUAUCCUGCUCCCACUGGCCCCUAUCCUGCUCCUGCAGGUCCCUAUCCUGCUCCUGCAGGUCCUUAUCCUCCAUCUGCAGAGCCCUAUCCUCAAGAAACUCCAGGCACAGCGCCUUACCCCUUAGCCCCUGACUCUUACCCUCCCCAAACUCCUUCUUGUCCAUCUGAUGAAGCAGACGCUGCUUCUGUACCUUAUGGCACAGCUCCAUAUCCAGCAGGACCUGCAGGUACUCCUCAGCCUCCAAGUUCUGGACAGUUUGGAGGUUAUGGAACCCAGCACGGAUACAGCUCAUGAUCAUCCAGACAUGGACAAGAUACUUGUUUCCAGCAUUGUAAAACAAACUGGACACUAGUUUUCAACUUUUUGAAGUUUGAAUAUCUUUCAUUACAGGGUAUUAAUUUGAAAUUCUUUUUUAAUGCAUAUAACUAUUUAAAGAAAUUAAAGUGUUAACAUUUUCUUGGUAAUUUUGUGUAGACGCUUUCAAUAAAUUUUUAAAAAUGAACAAAAAUCUUGCCUAGAAUACAAAUUUCAUUCCUUUCUUUCAGCUGUAAAUAUUUUUCUUAUUUUUAUUUUCCUUGUCUUCUAAUAUGCUUAAAAGAUAUGACUGCCUUUUAAAGAAAAAUAUUUUUAGUGAGCUUUCAGUAUAUAUAUAAUGCUAAAGUUUCUGAUAAAUUGUAAAUUGCAAGACUUUUUAAAGACCUUUUGGACAAAUCUAGUACUGUAAUUAUUGAUGGCAUAUUGUUUCACUUAAGGAAAUUUUUUGUAGAUUUUUUUCUGUUAUGUUAUGUAUGCAGAAUAUUACUUAUGUACAAAAGUAUAUUGUUUGCUACACCUGUGAUAUUUGUGCAGUUAACAUUUUUAAUGCUACCAGUGAGAUUUCACACAAAACCAAGGGUUUUUUUGUUUGUUUGGUUAGUUGGGUUUUUUUUUGUUUUUUUUUUUGUUUGUUUGUUUCGUUUUAGCCGGUACAGAUUUACAAAAGUUUUGAAGCUUCUCUUGUGAUAACAUUUCUUUUUUUAACAUGGCCUAUAUAAAUUAAAGUUUUCAAUUAUACAUACAGUGCUUUGUUGUGAAUUGGGAGGAAAAGGGUUUUGUUUUAGGCUAGGAUGCCAAAUGCUUGAUAGGACAUGGUACUUUAAAGCAGACAUGAUUUUUGCAUUGUUCUAUUUUUUAUGAUUAUUGUGUAAUUUUUACAACACAAAAUACUGAAACUCCACAGGUAUAUAUUUUGAGUGAUGUUCUUUAUGAUCUUGUAGGCAUUAAGUCAUUUUUUUACCCUAUUUAGUGUCCUUUAGGACCAAGAAAUGCCUUUCAAAAACUCUAGAAUAUUUACCUCAUAAACUAUAAGACUGAAGAAGUGUUCUGUUUUGUGCAAUGUCUCAUAUGACUUAGCAUUUUUGGUCACAGAAAAGAUGAUGCAUGGAAAAAAACAUGGUAUAGGAAACACAUUUUUGUCAAAUCCAAGACUGAUUAGAGCUUUUUUUCUGCAACAUUAUCUGAAGCUCCACAGUUUAAAUUUUCUUUGCAGAAGUGUGUUCAUUGCAUCAGAUUAAAAUACUGCCCACAUUUACUCUGUCUUGUAAUUGUUUUGAAUUGUUCAUUCCCCUAUUUAAAUAAUUUUUCUGUAUUGACGUUGAUUUUUCAAAAGUGUUCUCAUUAAAAGUACCUCCUCUUUAUCAUGCUGUUGGUGUUCUGCUUGUAUAGUAACUUUUGCUUAUGAGUCUCAUGAGUUUUUUUUUUUUUUUUUAACAUUUUAGAUCAGUGCCCUUGUAUGCUAAUAUAAAAAGUCUGCAUGAAAGUUCUCUGAAUGCUACUUUUAUAGUUGCCUUGUUUUCUAAAACCAAUGUAAACAAAGUUCUUGUAUAAAUUUUGUGGGGGUUUUUACCCUUAAAAUGUCCUCACUUUUUGCUGUUUCAAAGCUAAAUGUUUUGUAUAUGUUACAUGUUUUGACUAACAGAUUUUUAAAACUGGGUAUUUCUUGCAUAAGAUUUAUAACACUAGUGUACUAUAUGUUUUCCAUGUAUAAAUGGCAGCUUUUGUUUUAAAAUUUAUUGCUCAUCUAUAAAAGUAGGUUAGAAGGUAUGAAAUGGUGGAAUGCUUAGAGCACUUGAGUAGUACUUAAUGCAGAAUAGCAGUUUGGAUUUCCUUUAAGUCUUGUUAUUGUUUCAUUUUUUCAGGUUUUUUUUUUUUAAAAAGCAUAAUUGUUUUAAAAAAAACUCAAAUCUUAAAAAUAUCUGAUGAGUGAGCAAAAUGGUCACAACUAUUUGAGAUCUUUGUAUUUUUGUUGUUUUGCAUACUUUGAAUUCAACUGGAAGCUCACUUCUUGGCUGUAAUGACACGUGAUAUUUUGAAAAAGAGUAAAGUGAAAAAGAGUAUACAUUUGUUUUUGAUGCUGUAAACAUUUAGUGCAUCAAAUUCUUCCUGAUGGAAUGAAGUCUUCAAGGAUGAAGCAGUAUUUUCAUUUGCUUUUUAUCCUGUGGGCAUCAAUGUGGAAUUUGCAUGUCAUUACAGUGUGAAAGAUAAUUCUAAUGCUGUUGCUGUUGGAUUUCGCAAGAUCAGAGAUGUAAAAGUAAGUUUUCCAUUGCUUUGUGGCAUCUGAAAACAGGUUCUUGUAAACACAGUGAUGAGAUAUUUAUGUUGUAUUAAUGUGUAUGCAUGUAAUGAUCUUUAGCACACAAAUGAAAGGGUAUUUUGCUAUUUAAUCAUUAUUAAAUAAAAUGAUUUACAGAUAUUAUUUUUAUAACAUUAACCUGACUUGGUUUUUAUGUCUUCACUGAAAGAAAUUGAUUAGACAGGGUUUAUUUUUUGCAGUCUUUUUUAAGAAAAAAGUGGUGCCUGUUAUUUGUACAGAUUAUAUGCUUUUCUUUUGAUGUUUAGUUGACCUGUUGGUUGAUUUUAAAAAAUGAGGGUAUGGGUGUCAGUAUAUAGAAACUAUUUUCCAUAUGGCCAGUAUUGUUCAACUCUUUACUUUCUAGACUUUCCAUUUUUACAAUUACAGUUACAUAAUUUGUGCAAGUGACUAGUUAAAGACACAAAUAAACUGAAAAGGCAUUUCUCUUGUUUUUUGUCUUUUAGCUAGUCACUUGAACAAAUCAUGUAGUUUUCUUCUUUCAUUUGCACAAUGGUGUUUUUGUAUUUUCCUCAUUUUCUGUUCUGCAUUCAUUGCUAUUCAAGAAUUGCAGCAUAUUCAUUUGUUACAAUGAGCUAUCACUUUUGUAUUUUAAUGUUCCAUCCUGGACUGUUUAUUUUAUGCAAGAAUUAUUGAUAAAGUUUAGAAAUGCUUCACUUAGUGGAAGAAGCACAGGAACAGGGCAUUCACUAGACUAGGACUGAUAUUAGCUGCAUGAGUUCAUUAUAAUUUCUCUGUUGGGGUUCCUUCAUGUUUUGUGAUUCUUCUUAACUGAAAUAUUAAUUUGUAAGUAAUAAUUUUAAAUAAGGGUACCUUAGUUAUUUACAUUUUCCUGAAGCUUGGUAAGCCAAUGUGCAGUCAGGCAAAAAUACAGUAGAAUAUUACAAUGUUCAUAGACUUUGUCUUUUAUUUAAAAGCCCACAAAAAAACAUGCUCUAAAUUUAUCUUACAGGGACAAAAAAAUCUAGGCCCAUUACAGAUGCUUAAAGUUGUCUAAGUUCUGUUUUGGCUUGUGAAAGGAUACUUAUAGCUAAUUUCAAAAAUACAUUUGAUGCACCAUUGAUAGUACUUUAUUAAAUUCUUUUUUAUUUUUAAGUAACGAUAGUUCACUGGUGAUGGUUUUUUGGUAGUUUUUUUUUAAAGUCUUUCAUAUUUUGGACAAACAAUGUAGUUUAAAGAAGCUCCAACUUGGUAUAUAUUUUUAAUGCUACAAUUCUUGUAAACUUAUUGAUGGUGAUAAACAUUAAAAUUUAUGAACUUACUAAAGAGAGGGGUACAGAUCUUGUCAGUUAAUGUAACGGUGAGCUUUAACAUUAUAAUUAAUGUUUUAACUCUUGUAUUUCAAGAACUAAACAGCUAUAAGAAGACUUGUUGAUCUCGUGCCACCCACACCACCUUUCACCUAACAUCAGUGCUGGAUGGGUGUGGAAAGGGGGAAGGCUAUACUGAAAAUAGUUUGUAUCAGUUAUGUUUUUGAAGGCAACAAAAUUUUUCAUCAGAAGCUAGAUCAGAUAUUUUCUGUGAUUUUUUUUUAAAAAUUCAGAAUACCUAUACAAAUAAAUAGUAGGAAAAAAACAGUACAUGUAGACAGAAGUUUUUUUGUGUGCUACCAAUGGCAUAUUUAUGUACACAAUUAACCUGUUGUAUUAUGCAGCUUAAUUGUUAGUUGUUAAUAACUAUUAAAGCUAUGUGUGUAGUGCAUGAAUAUUUAAUGGGAUGUGUUGUGCAUUCAAUCUGAUUAUUGACAUAAUGUGUUUUGUAACAUGGCUAUUAUUGGUGAAAAUUUAACAGUUUCUGCCUACAUUGUUUCGAAAUAAAAAAUUGAAAAAAAAA